AAUAAUGAUAAUUCAGAGGAUUAGGAUAAAAAAGUCAAACAAUCUGAUAGAAGUGGGUGUUUAUGACUUCCUGGGAGUCAAAACGAAGCGUCUUUUGGACCGCCAUACAGCCCACAGAGACUGGUUAUAUGUUUUUGGUUUUGGAUGAACUGAGAGAAUGGUUAUAGCGCUCCUCCGCCUUCUCUCAAUCCCCUUUCAUUUAUUACUCGAAGACGGCGUAGAUUCGUCCAUCAAUCGACGAGCCCGAAGCCGGAAUUUCUCCUUUCUCAGAGCUUGCAUCUGACCUCCGGCAGCAUUGAGGAGGUUCGAAUCAGUGGAAUCGAAAAUAGGGAGGAGAAAAGUUUGGAUUUUUCUCUAUUUUUUGAGGUAGAAAUCGCCUGUUUGAGAGUUUCCAGCGGUUGGAAUCCUCAACAGGUGUUUCUUUUCUUGGAAUUCUCGGUAAAAAUUGGAUCUUUCUCUUUUUUCGAUUGGAAAGGCGUCUGAUUUUUUUCUAAAAGAGACAAAAACUCUAAUUUGAAUUCGAAAAAGGGGCCACCAAGAUCUCGAGAUCCCUCUGGGAGACCCUAGGAGAUAGGAAGGGGGAGGAAAAACAUCGACUUGGUUCCGAUCUGCUUCGAGAUUUCGGCCAUGGUGGCGGAGCCUUGGAUCCACAAGAUGCGGACCGCCUUAUCCCUCGAAAACUCCUCCUCCACUUCCGCCGCCGCCUCCAGGGAGAAGAGAGAGGGCUCGAAGCCACUGCAGGACGGCGGUGACACCGUUCGGAUCCUCUCCUUCGAGGUCGCCAACGCCAUGUCCCGGGCCGUCAACCUCUACCGCUCCCUCUCCGACUCCGAGAUUGCGCGACUCUGCUCCCAGACCCUCGCCUCCCCAGCUGUCCGCCUCCUUGUCUCCACCAACGAUUCGUACAUCCUCGCGCUGGCCCUCGCUGAGAAGCUCGACGACCUCAACCGCGUCGCCGCCGUCGCCUCCCGCCUCGGCCGUCGCUGCUCCCACCACGCCCUCCUCGGCUUCGAGCACGUCUACUCCGACCUCCUCGCCGGCCGGAUCGACCCCGCCGGCCUCGGCUUCCUCUCCAAGGACAUGGACGGCACUGUCCGCAAGAUGGAGCGCUUCGUCUCCUCCACCGCCACCCUCUACAUCGAGCUCGAGGUCCUCACCCAGCUGGAGCAGUCGGCCAAGAAGUUCCCCCCAACGCCGGUCCACGACGAGACCCGCCGGGCCGUCGAGCAGAAGAUCCAGGGGCAGCGGCACGACGUGCGGCACCUCCGGGACGCCUCCCUCUGGAACCAGACCUACGACAAGGUCGUCCUCCUCCUCGCCCGGGCGGUCUGCACCAUCUAUUCCCGUAUCCGCCAUGCGUUCGGUGAGUCUGUUCUCGGCUUGGAUUGCCUGGUUUCCGAUCAAAGUCGGCAACUUUCCGGCCAGAUCAUCCCCUCCGGUCACCGCACAAUACAUUCGGGGCUGCUUCGGUCAGACGCAAGCGAUGGCAAGUCCGGGCAGAUUCCAAGUCAGAUUGGAGCUGAAGCCGAUUCCGGCAUAAAUUUUCGCAGGGAGGGUCUCCGGUUCCGCUGCGGCGCCAGCGCCGGCAGGCUCUUCACGGAGUGCCUCAACUUGGGCGGCUCCGCUUCAUGGAAGGACAGCGACGAGCAUUUCGACAACGAGAGUUGCCUGAGCCGCGCUGCGACGGGCGCUUCCGUUCCCUUCAGUGGGGAACAGGGGCCGAACAAGAGCGGCAAGAUCGGGCGGUCGCGGUUUGGGCCGAAGAGUAGAUUGACAGCGCUCGCUCCGCCCUCCACAGUCGGCGGUUCGGCUCUUGCACUGCACUAUGCGAAUAUUAUAAUCAUCAUCGAGAAGUUCCUUUGUUAUCCACAUCUAGUUGGGGAGGAAGCCAGGGAUGAUCUCUACCAGAUGCUGCCCUCAAGCUUGAGGCUGGCUUUGAGAAGGAAUCUCAAGUCUUGCGUCAAGAAUCUAGCUAUAUAUGAUGCGCCUCUUGCGCAUGAUUGGAAGGAAGCACUCGAGAAAAUAUUGAGCUGGCUCGCGCCGAUGGCUCAUAACAUGAUCCGGUGGCAGACUGAGCGCAACUUCGAGCAGCAGCAGAUUGUUUUGAGGACAAACGUUCUGCUGCUGGAAACAUUGUAUUUUGCCGAUAGGGAGAAGACAGAAGCAGCUAUAUGUGAGCUUCUGGUUGGGUUGAACUAUAUUUGCCGGUAUGAGCAGCAGCAGAAUGCCUUGUUGGAUUGUAGGAGUAGUUUGGACCCUGAUGACUGUAUGGAGUGGCAUAUGCAAUACUAAGAAGCUGAGCUUCGCUGAUUCUUCUGAAACCUUGAAAAGAUUGAAAAAAAAAUAUGUUGAAAUUACUUCCUCAUGGAUGAGGUAUAGAGUUUGGAAUUGUUGUUUUUUUUUAGAAAAAAGGUAUGGGUUUUUCUUGACUUAUAAUGUACAUAAUUCCUUCUGUUCAAAAAUCCAUGAUAAUUAGCAAUGCAGAAAUUUCAGGGUUUCCUUCCAUCUGAUU